AAACUAAGGUUUGCCAAAUCAAACAGCCAAACACGGCACAAAGAUAUACUCUCCAUCUUCCUUCUCCUUCUCUCUCAACUGUAAAACAGCAAAUAAAAUGGCAGCUUCUGCUCGGCGAUCAACCGGACCGGUGCUCCGUUCACUUUCCCCCGCCGGAAGAUUUUACUCGUCGACCUCUAGAACUUCAUCGUUUUCUGCUUCAUCGAUCCGGUUCACACUGGACCGUGAGACUUCCCCGAGCCGGUCUAUUUCCGUAAUGAACCGGCAGAAAACAAUGGCUUCUUCUCAGAAGAAGACGUGUAUGUGUUCACCGACGAAUCAUCCAGGUUCGUUUCGGUGUAGUAUGCAUAAGAAAAUGGAUGUUCGACGUAGUAAUCAAACGGCUUCGAAUUCGAUCCGAUUGCAUACGAGGCGAUCGGCGAUGACGAAUUCGCUGGUGCGAAUUGGUACUGUUGAAGGUGAGCUUGUAAAAAGAGCUUUGGCAGCUUUAAUUCGUCCUUCUUCUCAUCAACAACGCCGCCGUUCCGAUUUCCAACGCCGACCUAGCCGGCUUUCCGUUAUUUCCAGUUCCGGUGAUUCAUAAGACUGUUAUUGAAUGCUGACGUCAGCAUUCAACAGAGCCGCCGUGCCGAUUUCCGGCGCCGAUCUAGCCGGAUUUCCGUUAUUUACGGUGCCGGUGAUUUAUAAGACGUUAUUAGAGUUCUUAGAAAUUUGCUUUCUGUUGACUGCUGACCUCAGCAAACGAUGUCCUGCCGUGAAGUGACGUCAGCUGCAGCAAGGCGGCGGCAAAGCGUGACGGCAAAUGGUUCACACGGUGGUGGUCGGAAUGGAACGGGUUUUUUUGUGUACUCCGGUGACCAAAGCCUUAAGAUCCAUAAGUGUAUAGUCUUAAUACAAUGAAGAAAAUUAUAAAAUCAUCCAAUUUUUCCAAUUUUGAAUGCAAUGAAUCAUGAACUUCUAAUUCUAA